CUCUAGUAUAGUAUAUAGUUCACUGUUACGGCUUAACUUCCGUCGCGUGGUAAGCGUGUCGCGUUUAUGUGUAACCGGCUAUAGGAAGAUAAGUGAACAAAAAGACGUGUGUUAAUAUCGAAGUAUAUUCAAUGGAACCAAGUACAGAUACAAACGCUAGAAGAGAAGCAAGAAGACGAAGAAUCCUGGAAAACUCAGAAAGUCGUUUGCACAUGAUUAUGUCGAGACACAGUCCGAAUGAAACUGAAGAUACGAUACAUGAAACAAAUGCCAGAAAAGAAACAAGAAGUCGGAGAAUUUUGGAAAAUUCAGAAAGUCAUUUACAUAAGAUUAUAGCAAGACAUAAUCUAGAUGAGAGAGAAGCUGAAGCAGAUAAAUCUCCAGUAGAAAACCAUGAAAUUGAAAAAACAAGUUUGGAGGAAUAUAGGAGGAAUAAAAAUAUACGAAAUGGUACAUAUAAAUUUGGAAACAGUAAAGAUCUGCAUUAUGCAGAAUUUGAUGAAUAUGAAAGAUCUCGUAUAAGAUUUAAUGGAUAUGAACACGAUGAACCAGAUGAAAAAUUUUUAAGUAACAUCAAUGAUAGAAAUACAUAUUCCUGGGAAAAAUUAUUUGAUGGAAAAUUUAUGUUAUAUACAUAUUUAUCGUAUCGUGUAAAUCUUAUCAUGCUAGCUGCUAUUAUUAAUAUUUUACUACUAUUAAAAUUAGAUGAUUGGUUUGGAAAGGCAAUUCUCAUACCUUACUUGCCACUGAUGAUGGGACGCUUAUACAAUUUUCAGAAUUUACAAAAAGCAAAAUGUAGCAGUCUAAUCAGUGUAAUCAGUACUGUCAUAUUAUGGAAAAUCAAAUCCAGUUUCAUUUAUAAAUUGCAAGCUUUACUUAUGUUAUUUAACAUAAUAAUUUAUGAUCUCUGUUUGUAUAUAUUCAAUUUUGUGCUAAUGCAUUAUAUUAUUAAUCUUUUUUAUUACUAUUAUCAUAUUCCAGCAAAUGCAUAAUUAUUCAUAAUAAUUGAAAUAUCAAUUGAGACUGUAUAUUAUUUUGCACAAUAUAUACAUUACCAUAUAUACCAUGAA